AAAUAAUAAUAAUAAAAAAAGCUCUUUCUCUCUUCGUUGCGAAUCGCAAAGGCAAAACUGAAAUUGUCUACUUCUCUCUCUCUCUUAAGAAUUUUAAUGCUGAAGCCAUAAGAAAAAGGUGUCUUAAAUUAAUGGAAGAAGACCUGAGAAUCUGAACUACAUCUUCGACAAAGCAAAAGUACCCUGCUCUUUAUUUUUAUUUUUAAUUUUUUUAUAGGAAAAACAGAAAAGGAAGAAAACGACAUCGCGUUUUCUGUUGAUCGAUAAAGAAAAGAGAAGAAAGUUGGGAGGAAUUAGGGCUAAUAUGGCAGAGUCAUCAUCAUCAGUAACGAGUUCGAAAGAAGAGCUGGUGCAGCUGAUCAAGCGCUUCGGUGCUUACAUAACAGUCAAGAUGUCUAAUAUCUUCUCGAUCUCUUUUUAUAAUCUGGAUUCUAGAUCUGUUGGAGCUAUUGCAGGGCUUGCUGUGGCAAUAGUCUUUACCUGGAGAAUGUUGAGGUCACCUGGUGGACCUCAGAGAAGGCAACCCAAACGACAAGCCCCUACAUCUAGUACUUCUGUUGUUACUCCUCAAUCAAAUUCAACACUGAUGCCUUCUGGAGUUUGCUCAUCUUCAGAGGAUUUGAGAGCACAAAAUGUUGUUGACAAUUUUUUCCAGCCAGUUAAGCCAACUUUGGGGCAGAUAGUUAGGCAAAAAUUAAGUGAAGGAAGAAAGGUCACAUGUCGCUUGCUUGGAGUAAUACUUGAGGAAAGUACCCCAGAGGAGCUUCAGACACAAGCUACGGUGAAGUCCUCAGUGCUGGAAGUACUGUUGGAGAUAACAAAGUUUUGCGAUCUUUAUCUCAUGGAAAGAGUUCUUGAUGAUGAGAGUGAACAAAAGGUUCUUGCAGCAUUGGAGAAUGCAGGGGUUUUCACAUCUGGUGGUUUGGUGAAAGACAAGGUUCUCUUUUGUAGCACAGAAAAUGGGCGGUCAUCUUUUGUCCGGCAACUAGAACCGGAUUGGCAUAUUGACACUAAUCCUGAGAUCGUUUCUCAGUUAUCUAGAUUUAUCAAAUAUCAGCUUCACAUUUCUCCUAUUAGACCUGAACGGUCUUGCGCAAAUGUGUUCAGCUCACCGACCUUGGAACAGUUCUUUGGAUGCGCUUGAUGCUUCACCAGUAAGACAUGGAAAUAUAAUACUGAAAAUAGAUUGGUCUCUAUGUUCAAACUGAUUACAGCUCAGUGUUCUCAAGAAACUCUUCUGCAGUUGUUGAUUUUCCAAUGACAAGUGGCUGCAAAUUUCCUUAUAUUUUGUUUAAAAGUUUGUGCACUAGAUUUGAUUACUUCUGAACCCUUUUCAAGUGGAAAUUUCACUAAAUGGAUCGAUUGUAUGUAAUUUGUAUCAGAUACAGGAUAUGUAUUCAUUGACAAUAAUUUGUGUCUUAGUAGCAAGUGAGGUUGUACAA